UCAAUCUCCACCCUCUCAAUAGAAAAGGAGAGUGGGCUGCUUGAGGGAUGAAGACAUUUUUUUAUGGAAAGAUCUGAAAAUAUCAUGAGAGAGGUUUGACUUUGGCUGUAGAGUACCCCACUUGGACGACUGGAAUUUUGUCUCUUUGUUUUGACAGAAAGUUUUCCUUUUUCUCCUCUUCCACAACUAUGGGGGCAUUGUGGCGGACCGCAGGCUGCGCGCUUUUGCUGCUGCUGUGCGGGCUGGAUUUCUUACGGUUCACACACGCCGACCGAAGGCUUGCGGUUUGCCAGCCCAUAUCCAUCCCGCUGUGCGCUGACCUUCCCUACAACGAGACCAUCAUGCCGAACCUCCUGGGCCACAGCACCCAAGCAGACGCAGCUACGGCUAUGCGCAGCUUCGAUCCCCUGUUGCAGGCCCGGUGCUCGGCGGAUCUCAAAUUCUUCCUGUGCAGCGUGUACGCACCCGUGUGCACCAUUUUGGAAGAACCCAUCCCCCCAUGCCGGCCUCUGUGUGAGCAAGCACACCGAGACUGUGAAGCCAAUAUAACCGCGAUAGAUCUGGAAUGGCCGGAAAGGAUUCGCUGCGAGAAGUUCCCGGUGGGCGGAUUGUGCGUGGGCACUGUGGGUGCAGUCUAGCAUACGUAGGAGCCUCCAUUUGUUUCAGCUUCUGUCUCUUCUACACCAUCGUCAUCAUUAUGCACUGUUUGAACAUGAACAUCAUGUUCUUAAUAAUCAUUCAUCCAUCUAUAUUCUCGACUAUGAUUAUGGUUGAACUGGAGCCUAACCCAUUUUACUUUGGGAAGGAAUCAGGAUACACCCUGGACUGGUCACCAGCUGAUGACAGGACAUAUGGAAACAAAAAAUAAAAUAAAGUGCAUUCUACACUAAAGUGAAAAUUAAACGACUCCAAUGUUUAAACACAUGCCAAAUAUAACAUGCAAAUGCAUGGAACAUCAAAGUUGAAUACAACCGACCUGCACAGAGGCAGUGAUUCUUUUAUGUACCACUAUAGCAGGGGUGUCAAACUCAUUUUUGUUGUGGGCCACAUUGUUGUUACCGUUUCCCUUGGCGGGCCGUUAUAACUGAAACCAAAUUAAAAAGGUCAAUUUACUCAACUAUUGUUUAAGUUGCUGUCCUGAGGGGUUUGGUUCCAAGAAAAUGCUUACAAAAUGUGUCUUAUUUAUUGCAUUUGAAAAUGUUACAUUUUGGUCCAGAUUUUAGUAAGCAUCAUGGAAGUUGACAUGUUUGAUUUGAUUUCGCGUUCCACAUAAGAUGAUGUGGCGUGCCAGAUAUGGUGCCCGGGCCUGUUCGAUCCCGGCUCCGGCCUCCCUGUGUGGAGUUCGCAUGUUUUUCCCGGGCCUGCGUGGGUUUUCUCUGGGUACUCUGGUUUCCUCCCACAUUUCAAAAACAUGUAUGGCAGGCUGAUUGAACAUUCCAAAUUGUCCCUAGGUGUGAGUGUGAGUGCGGAUGGUUGCACGUCUCUGUGUGGCCCGCGAUCAGCUGGCAACCGGUUCAGGGUGUCCCCCGCCUACUGCCCAAAGUUAGCUGGGAUAGGUUCCAGCACACUCUGCGACCCUUGUGAGGAUCAGAAAAGGGAUGGAAAUUUUGAAAAAGGCGGUACGUAUUUUCAAGAGUGAUUCAUCAUUUCACAAGAAUAAAGACGUCACAAGUUCGGGAUAUUCAACAGUAAGCUUUUUUUUAAGUUAGAUUUACUGUACAUCAUAAUUUCCAUCAUCAAAUUACCGACAUACAAUAUUAUCUCCACUGAUAUCUCCUUCACUUCCCAUUGUAAAAGGAUGACUUCUUGUAAUGUUUGGACUUAUAUCAAAAUAUAUGUAUAGCUUAUGUUUAAAAAAAAAAAAGUAUUGUUUUCCCCCUCAUAAUAUUGGACUUCAUGCUUGCAUAAAUCGACGACUUAAAUCAUUUCAUGUAUUUUUUCCCCUUUCCAGUGUUGCCUUUUUGACCCAGAAAAUUAUCAAGACAUUUAAAACAAUAACAACAAAGAAACUGAAUGAAUAGUUUUAUGCACAACAAAAAGAGGGGAAAAAGAUUGAUUCUGCAGAUAUGUAUUAAUUUGUUUUCAUUUUAAUGAUCCGAAACACAGUUGAUGUGAGAAUUGUUGCUGUUUCAUGCUCCAAAAUGUAGUCGUCAUGUAAAAAUGAAUUCCACCCAAAAAAAACAAACAAACAUGUUUUGAUCCCUUU